CUUCCUGUAGGCUGUGCGAAUCCGGCGGUUUCUUAAAUAAUUCCUAUGGACUGUACAGAACUGUAUAGAAAGAGAAGAUUUCAAUCCCGUCGGACCGACUUACAAAUGUAAAAUAGAUGCUUCCAUCAAAGGUCGCUAUUUGAAUGCUGAAAAAAGUUACAUUUUCGACGCAGGCGCAAAGGAGGUGUUGCCUUUGAGUAUUACUUGUAGUUCCACACUAAAGCUAUCGCCACUAGUUUAGGACAGUGCAGAGGCAACUGUAUCCACAUUGUGCGGAAUUAAAUGGUAGGUGGAGGAUUUGUUUUCUAAGGAGUGGUAUAAAGGGAACAUACCGAAUGUGCUCGAUAUCACUUUGGUCUUCGCCGCUGAUUCUUUGGUAACAGGAAGCCUCUACGCAAGAAUUUUUUCCUUGAGGGCCCAGUGCCAUGCCAGAAGGAUCUCACAGCACUCCAUAUGAGGUCCCAAUGGGUGAAGAAUCGCCUCGGUUGUCCACGGCCUCCUCGGUCAGCAGCAAUGAGCGGAUGUCCACGGCGACCAUGUCGGACUGCUCCGCCUCCCUCAGUGCCGACUUGGCCGACGGCGAGCGCCCGGUGAGCCUGGUGUCCACCCUCUCCUCCGGCUCGUCCCGGGACGGGCAGAGCCUGUACGGGAGCACCGCCGCCCUCCCCGGCGCCGCGCCCUGCCCGGGGGACGACAUUGACCUGGAGCUGAGCCCUGCAGGAGGCGCCAGGGAGCAGCAGCAGCAGCAGGGGCACGUGGACCCAGGGGAGACGAGGAGAAGGGGGUUCCCCUUCCGCCAGAGCAGGUCUCCGCACAACAACGCCGGCAACCCCAGCGCCACCGAAGGAGCCAACCAGCCCUCCACCUCGCCCUUUGCGGCCAAGGCCAUGGCCCCCAACCCCAAGCUCACCUACGUGGACCGUGUCGUCAUGGAGAUAAUCGAGACGGAGCGCAUGUAUGUCCGGGACCUGCGCAGCAUCGUGGAGGACUACCUGGCUCAUAUCAUUGACACUGGCGACCUUCCCAUGCGGCCUGAGCAGGUGUCUGACCUGUUUGGAAACAUUGAGGACAUCUAUGAGUUCAAUAGCGAGCUCUUGCAGACUCUGGACAUGUGCGAGAAUGACCCCGUGGCCAUCGCCAGGUGCUUCGUGGACAAGAGCCAGGAUUUUGAAAUCUACACACAGUACUGCACAAACUACCCCAACUCGGUUGCUGCUCUGACAGACUGCAUGAGGAGCAAGGCUCUGGCCAAGUUCUUCCGGGACCGGCAGGCCUCUUUGAAACGUUCCCUCCCGCUGGGGUCCUAUCUGCUCAAACCAGUCCAGAGGAUCCUCAAGUACCACCUGCUGCUUCAGGAGAUUGCCAAACAUUUUGACCCCCUGGAGGAAGGCUACGAGGUGAUAGAGGAAGCCAUCGACACCAUGACGGGCGUGGCCUGGUACAUCAACGACAUGAAGAGGAAGCACGAGCACGCGGUUCGACUGCAGGAGGUCCAGUCACUGCUCAUUAAUUGGAAAGGGCCUGACCUCACCACCUACGGAGAGCUGGUCCUGGAGGGGACGUUCCGUGUCCACCGUGCCAGGAAGGAGAAGACGCUCUUCCUUUUCGAAAAGAUGCUCAUCUUCACCAAGAAGAGAGGGGAACACUAUGUCUUCAAAUCGCACUUCUCGUGCUCCACGCUGAUGCUGAUCGAAAGCACCAAGGACUCCCUGUGCUUCAGCAUCGCCCACUUCAAGCACCCCAAGCAGCCUCAGACGGUGCAGGCCAAGACUGUUGAGGAGAAAAGACUAUGGGCGCAUCACAUAAAGAGGCUCAUUUUAGAAAACCACCAUGCCAUCAUUCCACAGAAGGCUAAAGAGGCUAUUCUAGAGAUGGACUCCAUAUACCCAUCGAAAUACCGGUACAGCCCAGAGAGAAUGAAGAAAGCCGUGUCCUGCCAAUCAGACGACUUCACGGGCGGAGGGCGGCAAGGAAGGAGGCAGUCAGAACCAGCCAAGCAGAUCAUAAAGAACACUAAAGCCAUUCUCAAGGAUGAAGAUGGCUGUGACGUCACUGAAGAGCAUGAGCUCAAGAUGGAGAAUGACCAAUCGUCCGGUCAGGAAGAAACAUGUGCGACGGGGGAUGGUGAUUCCCCCGCUGAACAGUCCGCUGGAGAACAGCCGCCUUCCCAGUCAGGGGCCACGGAGGAGUGUGAGGAAGGCGCCUCUUCGGAUAUAGAACAUGUUGCCAUGGCCACCCUGUCCCCAGACUCAUCUGCAGACCCAGAGAUGGUAAAGCGUGAGGAGGAACAAGGAGAGGAUGAGGAGAAGGAUGAGGUGGAAAAGGAGGAGGAGGUGGAUGAAGUGGAGAAGGAGGAGGAGGAUGAGGAGGAGAAGGCAGAGACCCUGCCUAUCCACCAGCAGGCGAAUGUGAAGGCCCUGAGCAGUGGAGAAUCCUCUGAGGAAGAGGAAGAAGAAGCAGCACCAGAGGCGGAACCCAGCAGCAUCCUCCCUCAGUCUGUGCUGGACCAGGCUAGCAUCAUUGCCGAGCGAUUCGUCAGCCUGUCGCGGCGCGGGAGCCUCAUCGCUGACGACGUGCGAUCCCUGAGCUGCCCAUCGCCGCGGCUGGGCAGCAGAAGCAGCAGCGCCCUCAGCCUCAGCACGGACCCCCAGGACAAAACGCAGAGGCUCACCAGCACCACCUCCGAACCCCCGCUGAGCCUCCAUGACCUGGCCACCCCCACAGCCGACGCGAAUCCCUUCUCCCCGAACUCAGACAACCUUGUUGAGGUGGACCGAGGAUCUCUGAGGAGGCGCGACUCCACCCUCUCCAAGCAAGACCAGCUGCUCAUCAACAAGGUCAAGAGCUACUACGAGCACGCCGAGCACCAGGAUGCCAGCUUCAGCAUCAAGCGCAGGGAGAGCUUGUCCUACAUCCCCACCGGCCUGGUGAGGAACCUCAGCAGCCGCCUCAAUGGCAACCCCAAGGCAGAGGCCGUGGCUACUGAGACUAGGCUAGCUCCCAAUAUCCGUCCUGCUUCUUGGGCAGUGUUUAACCUGCCAGGUUUGGAUAAAGACCAGAAGACAAAGCCCUCUGAGCCGGAUGCUGAUAUGUCCGUAGAGGGCCCAACCUCUAAGGCCAGGUCCCAGAGUGUUAAGGAAGAGGAGUUCCGGCCCUCAUCUGAGAUGAUCAAGGUGUGGCAGGACAUGGAAAUGGAGGUCAACGGGACCCUGGCAGAACCUCUGGGUGCAUCAAAAGCCAAGGAGGGUGGCCAGGGCAGGGAAGCCGGACCAAGCCUCUCCCAGAGGGACUCAUCCAGCAACAACAAGCCAGAAGCUGAAUACAGCGAGCCGUUGAUGAUCCUUGAAGAGUGCGACCUCAGCACGAUUUCAGAGGAGUCCACAGUCCCUUCACCUGUUAACGCCUCACCAGACAGGGAGGUGGGUCCGGAUCAGCCAGCCAGCCUGAACGAGACCCGCAGACCCCAGCGGGAGAGCAGGGUCUCCCGGGCACCCAUCCCCAGGGUCAUAAGCCUAAGGGGAAACAUGGAGGAGGAUCUGCUCCUGCAGGACGUGGAGAAGAUGAAGAACAAGGUGUUCCAGUUGGCCCGGCAGUACAGCCAGCGCAUCAAGAACAGCAGGCCAGUGGUGAGACCGAGGUGCUGGGACGUAGAGGGCCAGUUCAGCCUGAGGAACCUGCCCUCUGUCCAGGAGGAAAGGCUGGAGAAGGAGGACAGAGGUCAUCCCAACCUGACGCUGCCCGUGACCUCUUACGACCAGGUGAUCCUGCAGGAGUUGAAGUCACCCAGUCCAGUCACCACCCCACGAUCUGCAGGGAGCCCCCAUAUCCUGUCCCCCAGAAUUCUUCGCUCCAAGAGCCCGCUCAGUCCUGUGGAGGCCGAGAGCUUCAACUGGCCGGACGUGCGCCGGCUGCGGUCCAGAUACGCCCGCCGCAGCCCCGAGCAGACCCCGCCUCGCCUCGCCCCGGUGAACCGCAGCACCUCCGUGCCUGAGAAGAUGCUGGACGCUGCUGCACCGAGAUCCAUGUGGAGGCACUCCAGCUACUCUCCAGGCUACAGUGCCCCAUUGGACACACUGACAGCCUCCGACACCCCCUCCGUGGUCCCGCUCUACAAGCCCCACCAGGACAAGGCCUCCGCAAGGGAGGACAGACCCAUGCAAAUGUACAGAUCAAGCUCCCUGGAUCAGAGGCUGGGCACGCUGGACGUGAAUGAGCUGAACCACCUCCAGAGCAACGAUGCCACCAGCGGUUACUACAUAUCUGGUCAGGCCCCUCUGCCCGACCAGCAAAAGGUCAUCAUCGUGGAGAAGCAUGCCAAGGCUGAGCCAUCAGAGGAAGAGAGAGAGGGAGAUGGGGGGUUAGAGAUAAAGGAUGAGGAAGAGCCUGACAAGAACUACGUUCAAAUCCGCUCACCCACCUCCCGGGAGAAAAUCUCUAUCAUGGCUGUCAUUGACCGUUGCAGGGCCUACCAGGAGUCAGACGAAUACAGACAGAGGGAGGACGGUGGGGGGAACGCGGACCAGGCCACUAAAAAUGGGAAGGUAACAGACCAAGGCCAAGGUCCCAUCCCCAAUGAGUUGGACAGUUCCCAGCAUUCCCCUGUGAAUUAUAGCAAAAAGACUGAGAAUAGCCAGCACAGCUUGGUGAAAAACCUAAGAGAAAAGUUUCAGAACUUGAGUUCAAACCCACUUUAAAUUUUUCUAGAACCUUUAGUUCAGACAUAUGAGCCUUGAAAAUUGGCCUACUAAUCUUUUGUUUUCCUUCCUGGUCUUCUUUUUGGGCUGAGACUUACCUUUUGUGUAAGUAAAUGUAAAAUACUGAAAUGGAAAGAAAAUGUGCUCAAGUUUUCAACCUUAUGUGCAGGUUACUGUUACUGCUUCACUAUAAAAGCAUGUCAACCUCAUACUGUGCCAGUAUACACAUGCAAACCAUUUGUCAAAUUUCUACCUGGUAACAUUUUGCCUUCAUCUUCAGUUCUCAUGUCUGCAUUUUCCAUAUUGACUUGAUAUUAAUCUCACAAGUUAAUCAUGGCAAAAUAAUGAUUUGACUCCAUUUUGUUUUAACAUAUUUUCACAUUUGAUGUUUUAUCUGCUGGUUUACCAUGCAGUUCCCUGUGCAAAUUUGAAAGGAUAUUGAUAUUGAAAGGAUCAAUCAUAUGAGUUGUAAUAAUAUAAAUUACUUGGUUUUAGUGCCAGAUGAAAUGUAAUUUUGUAAAUAUCUGUACAUUUGCCACUACUCAUAACUCUGGAUAUUACUUCAGUUGUAAAGAAUAUUUAUGCAUUCAUCUGGUUGUUCAUGGUAGUGGGAGUCUUUCUUACAUAUUUAAGACACAUACGUAAAUAUGGGGCAGUGAGUAAAUGUUUCAUUCCUCUCUGUCUGGUCAAGCUGUUUAAAGACAGCUUGACCAGACCUAAAAUACUUUCUAUUACUGCUGUCAGUUUCUGACAAAAAAAAAUUUCUAUAAUUUUUUAUUUUUAUUUUCCUUGGUUCCAAUUCCAAUUAACUCAGAACAGGGUCAAGGAUUUGAAUUGUGUUUGUGGGGAUUUCAUAAUUGUAAAUAACAUGGAUACAUGUCUGUGUAGUUUAAACAAUACUCUUGUUGCAUCUUUGACUAAACUGCAUCUGACCACAAGCCAAGACCAAGGCGCACAGUUUAGUCUGUUGUAAUGGAAUGUUGUACCCAAGCCACUGAACCUACUGUUCUCUGUGGUCAAUGUGAGCCUUUGCUCCUUGCACAGUGAAAGGCAGGCCCUACACCAGUUCCUUUUCACAUCAACUUAGUUGAACGUAAAACACAAAAUUUAGUUUUGUAUUAUAUAUGGAAGUUAAGAGUUGAUUACAUUAUUCAAAAUAUUUAUAUUAACAUCUCUUUAUUUCAACCAGACAAUAGAACAAAACUGUGGGUUCUGUUCCAUCACUUUGCAUCUCUGACAUCCCAUUGUGACCCUUAGAAACAGGUAUCUUUGCUUAUAUGAAUGUGAAAAGAAUAUUGACCUCAAUUAAAUGAUUAAUAGCUGGUGCGAAGGCUGAGUCCAGCAGUCCAACAGGAAGGCUCUCACUAUUGGGAAUUACCCAUCAUGACUUGACCUUUAGUCCUGUGGUGUUAUUGUGCCAGUUUUAUAAUUAUGUUAUAGUUGGAGCUAAUAAUCUAUGGAGCUCUCCUACCAUGCACUGUGUAUUACACUAUUUUCCACUACUCAAGGCUGUAAUUAUUUCCAUUAUUUCUGGAACUAAUUCCCUUAAUUAUUUUAUAUUUCUCUCCUUAUUUAUUAAGCUGGUGUACAUUUGAUAUACAAUAAUCAACUGUCUUUAUACUGUAUAAAUAUCCACCUAUAUAUAUGUUAUUUUAUCCCAUUUCAGAAACUUAACUGUACAGAAAUGUUGUCAUUUUUAUGUUUCCUGGAUGGGGCAUACAUUCCGGAUUAAAACAACAAAUGUCUAGA